AUGGAGGUUCCAGGUUUUUUGAUAUUAAUGUACUUAUUUGAAACUUAUCUAGACUUACGACAACAUGCUACUCUCAAAUUGCCAACUCUUCCAAAAACAUUGGAAGCAGUAAUCAGCCAAGAGAAAUUUGAAAAGUCUCGAGCCUAUAGUCUCGAUAAGAGCCACUUCUAUUUUGUUCAUGAGUUUGUGACGAUCCUGAUAGAUUCUGCAAUUUUGUUCUUUGGCAUAUUGCCUUGGUUUUGGAAGAAAUCAGGAACUUUCUUGCCUUUACUUGGUCUAAUUGAAGAGAAUGAAAUAUUGCACACCCUUUCAUUUUUGGCUGGUGCUAUGAUAUGGUCACAAAUCACUGACCUACCCUUUUCUCUUUAUUCAACUUUUGUAAUCGAGGCCCGCCAUGGUUUCAAUAAACAAACAAUAUGGUUAUUCUUUAAAGACCUUAUCAAAGGAAUAUGUCUUGCUAUUGUACUUGGUCCACCUAUUGUUUCUGCUAUUAUUGUCAUAGUACAGAGUGGAGGUCCUUAUCUGGCUAUCUAUCUUUGGGCAUUUAUGUUUGUACUUUCUCUUGUGAUAGCUCCACUUUUUAAUAAGUUCACCCCGCUUCCUAAAGGAGAGCUCAGACUUAAGAUUGAGAGACUCGCUUUCUCCCUUAAAUUUCCUUUAAAGAAACUAUUUGUUGUUAAUGGAUCUACAAGAUCAAGCUAUAGCAAUGCCUAUAUGUAUUGUUUCUUUAAGAACAAGCCUAUUGUCCUUUAUGAUACAUUAAUUCAGUAG